UCUUCGCCAUAAAAAUCAUUCGCUCUGCAGUCUCUCUCUCUCGCUCUCUAUCUGCAUUUCCCGCUUCGAACACGAGCAAAAGCAAGCCUUCUAGGGUUUCCAGUUCGCGGUUCCGAGUCUUCGAGGCCUCUUGGCAGUUCAACCUGCUCCGCUUUCGCAGUUAAAUUAUCGGGAAACGAACAGCAGCGGGAGGAGGAGGAGGAGGAGCAGCAGCAAAGAGGGGGAAAUCGCAAUGGCCGCUAUCAACGCUAUCUCGAUCUGUCCGUACAACUUGUCGUCUCGCUCGAACCCUAGCAAGCGUCAUGUCUCCUGCUCCCUCGCCUCCCGUUCUGAAACAGGUACAAGUAGACGUAAAACACCCCAGAAAAAACGUGGAAGAUUGGAAGGGCCUGGAAAAAGUAUGGAAGACUCUGUCAAACGGAAGAUGGAACAAUUCUAUGAAGGGUCUGAGGGUCCUCCUCUCCGUGUCCUUCCAAUUGGAGGCCUGGGUGAAAUUGGGAUGAAUUGCAUGCUUGUUGGAAACUAUGAUCGUUAUAUUCUGAUUGAUGCUGGUGUUAUGUUUCCUGACCAUGACGAGCUUGGUGUUCAGAAAAUUAUACCUGAUACCACCUUUAUCAAAAAAUGGAGUCACAAAAUUGAAGCAGUUGUUGUAACUCAUGGUCAUGAAGAUCACAUUGGUGCGUUGCCCUGGGUUAUCCCAGCUUUGGAUUCCGGAACACCAAUCUUUGCCUCGUCCUUCACAAUGGAGCUUAUUAAGAAGCGCUUGAAGGAGUAUGGGAUCUUUGUUCCGUCUAGGCUGAAAGUAUUUAAAACUAGGAAGAGAUUUAGUGCUGGGCCAUUUGAGAUAGAGCCUAUCAGGGUAACCCAUUCUAUUCCCGAUUGUUCUGGAUUGGUUCUCCGAUGUGCUGAUGGUACUAUUCUUCACACUGGGGAUUGGAAGAUUGAUGAAUCACCACUAGAUGGGAAGGUAUUUGAUCGGGAAGGUCUAGAGGAACUUUCAAAAGAGGGAGUAACACUGAUGAUGAGUGACUCGACAAAUGUACUCUCACCUGGAAGGACAUUUAGUGAGGCUGUUGUAGCUAAUGCAUUAUUGAGGCAUAUUUCAGCUUCCAAAGGAAGGGUUAUUACUACUCAAUUUGCAUCAAAUAUACAUCGUCUCGGUAGCGUGAAAGCUGCAGCCGAUUUAACUGGCAGAAAAUUGGUAUUUGUUGGCAUGUCCUUGAGAACAUACCUAGAUGCUGCAUGGAAAGAUGGGAAGGCUCCAAUUGAUCCAUCAACUCUAGUGAAAGUGGAAGACAUUGAUGCUUAUGCCCCGAAAGAUUUACUAAUCGUCACAACUGGUUCUCAAGCAGAACCACGUGCUGCUCUGAAUCUUGCAUCAUAUGGAAGUAGUCAUUCACUCAAAUUGAGCAAAGAAGACAUAAUACUGUACUCUGCUAAGGUGAUCCCUGGUAAUGAGACACAGGUGAUGAAGAUGCUAAACCGUAUAUCAGAGAUUGGAUCAACAAUUAUAAUGGGAAAGAAUGAACAGCUGCACACGUCUGGUCACGGUCAUCGUGAUGAAUUGGAGGAAGUAUUGAGGAUUGUGAAGCCGCAGCAUUUUCUGCCCAUCCAUGGAGAACUCUUAUUCUUAAGAGAGCAUGAAUUACUUGGAAAAUCAACUGGGAUUCGGCACACCACUGUUAUAAAGAACGGGGAGAUGCUUGGGGUUUCACAUUUGAGGAACAGAAGAGUGCUGUCUAAUGGUUUUAUAUCACUAGGGAAGGAGAAUUUGCAGUUGAUGUAUAGUGAUGGUGAUAAAGCAUUUGGUACAUCCACUGAACUGUGUGUUGAUGAGAGAUUAAGAAUUGCAUCCGAUGGUAUUAUAGUGGUCAGCAUGGAAAUUUUACGCCCUCAACAUGCUGAUGAUUUGUCCGAGAAAAUAUUGAAAGGGAAAAUAAGAAUCACCACGCGUUGCCUAUGGCUUGACAAGGGAAAGCUUUUGGAUGCACUCCAUAAAGCUGCCCACGCUGCACUCUCAAGCUGUCCUGUAAAUUGCCCUCUAGCCCACAUGGAAAGAACUGUGUCUGAGGUUUUGAGAAAAAUGGUAAGGAAGUACAGUAGUAAAAGGCCCGAGGUGAUUGCAAUUGCCACGGAAAAUCCAGAAGCAGUUCUCUCUGAGGAGCUCAAUGCAAGGCUAUCUGGCAAGUCACAUGUUGGUUUUGCUAUAUCAGCAUUAAGAAAAGAGGUGUCUGGUCAUUCAAAAAAGAGAGAGACUGCUGACGUCCAAGAGGAUAAAAGCAGCAGCAGGAUGCAUCACAUAAAUAACACUCAAGAAUCAGAAGGGGAUGUAAAUGAAGAUGAAGGACUCCUAUCUGAGGAAGCCACUACUUCCGGUUCUGACUCAGCAGAGAGGUCUUCUCUUAAUUCUGAGUCAGAUGAUUUCUGGAGGGCAUACAUGGUGUCAUCACCAAUUGAACAACAGGAAAAAGAUAGCAACGGAUCUGUCCCACAAGAAGAACACAGGGAGAAGAUUAAAAAGGAAACCAAGGCUGAUGACUUGGUUGAAACUCCAAAAUCCCAAUUAAAAUCCUCCAAAUCUGCCAAACGAAACAAAUGGAAACCUGAUGAAGUUAAGAAGGUAAUUACCAUGCGUGGUGAACUCCAUAGCAGAUUCCAAGUUGCAAAGCGGCGCAUGGCACUCUGGGAAGAAAUCUCUGUAAGCUUACUGGCAGAUGGGAUUAGUCGGAGUCCUGGCCAAUGCAAAUCUCUUUGGACAUCUCUGGUCCAGAAAUAUGAGGAAAGCAAGAGUGAUGAGAAAAGCAAGGAGAGCUGGCCUUACUUUGAAGAAAUGAACAAGAUUUUGUCAGAUCUGGAGGUAACAAUAAAAAAAUGAUUGGAAUGGGGGUUAUUACAAUUUUACCCUUGACAAAUUUUUGGCCAACACCCUAUCAAAGGUAUGUAUGUUGUAUGUUUGGGAAGAUGAUUGGAUGGUGAUGCAAACCGUCAUGAUGAUGGUAAAUUACAUUGCUAAUAGAACAUUUGUCCUUGAGAGAGGAAGUUUUAAUUAAAAAGAAGGCUGGAACAACACAUAGAAAUUGAUUGGUUUUGUAGCCUUUUAGACCCUUUUGAGUAAUUUAUCAAUGAAUGUUAGAAAGUUUUGAUAUUUACAAUUCACAGGUUAGAGAAUCAUUUCCCCAUUCUAUCAAUCAUAUUUCUAAUUUGACAUGUAUGCGGAUUGUACAGUUCCAAGGAUAAUCCUUGAAUAAUUGAUUCAAAGGCGGCAAAUUAUA